CGAGAGUAUAGAGACUUGGCGAAAGUGUUUGGCGAAGAUGAAGCUAACGAAUUGCCCCCCCAUCGCUCUACUGACUGUGCUAUUGAACUUUUGCCUGACUGUAAAUUACCUAAAGGUAAAAUCUAUGCGAUGGGGCCGGCUGAGAAAGUUGAACUGCGGAACUUUAUUGAUAAAAACUUAGCCCGAGGUUUCAUUCGCCCGGCUUCCUCCCCUUUCGCCGCGCCUGUACUUUUCCGAAAGAAGAAAGACGGGGGGCUUAGAUUGUGCACUGAUUAUAGGGGUCUGAACGCUGUUUCUUUGUCCAAUGCCUACCCCCUCCCGCUAAUCAAGGACUUGGUAGCUGAGGCCACCAAGGGCAAAAUCUUCUCGAAACUUGACCUCCGAGAUGCAUAUUUCCGUGUGCGCAUUCGGGAGGGGGAUGAAAGUAAGACUGCAUUUAAUACCCCUUUGGGGCAGUUUGAGUACCUCGUUAUGCCCUUCGGGCUUCAAGGGGCUCCGGGGGUCUUCAUGAACCUAAUCAAUGAGGUCCUACAUGAGUUCUUGUUCAAAGGAGUGGUCCUUUACCUUGAUGACGUGUUGCUGUACUCUCAGGACCUCCCGUCGCAUAUUAAAUUGGUGCGCCAGGUCCUUAAGCGACUUUAUGAACACCACCUGUUUGCAAAGCUGUCAAAAUGUGAAUUCCACAAGACAUGCAUUGACUUUUUGGGUUAUCGC